AAUUACAAUAAGUAAGGAACUGGAAACCGGAGAUUAUUGAAGCUGUAGCCGGAAAAUGAGUUGCCGGUAGGUGGGAAAGCAACAAGCAAUUCUGGUCACCGGCGGGGGCUCCGUUUGGAUCCGAUCCAAUUUCUCCAUAUUCCUCAGUUACUUUAACACUGCGACUGUAGUCGACUCGCCGGACAUAGAUACACAAUGCAGAAGUGGUUUUCAGCGGGCAGCGGCGGCGGAGAUGAUCGUUAUGUUGAGCAACAACAAGCUUCUUCUUCAACUCCUUCUUUGCUGGCUGAUUGGAAUUCAUACGCAUCAGCAAAAUCAUCGGAUGAGAGCUCCAGCACUGCGUUCAUAGGCAGCUUCGAUCUCGAAUCCGCUGUUCGUUCCGCUAACGAUACCGUUUCUGGCACUUUUAACGUGGUUUCUAAAGGAGUGAGAGACAUUCCAGGGAACUUGCAGUCCGCCACUAGCAAUAUUCCUUCUGGGAAAGCCCUCAUGUAUUUUGGUCUAUUCAUGGCGACUGGAGUCUUCUUCAUUUUCAUGGCAUUCACUUUAUUCCUUCCAGUGAUAGUAUUGGUGCCUCAGAAAUUUGCCAUUUGCUUUACUCUUGGAUGUUCGUUUAUCAUUGGGUCAUUCUUCGCACUCAAGGGCCCAAAGACUCAGUUUACUCAUAUGUUCUCAAUGGAGAGACUCCCUUUUACGCUAGGUUUCAUGGGUAGCAUGAUUGGCACUCUCUACGUUUCCAUGGCACUCCAUAGCUAUAUCCUUUCGGUGCUCUUCUCUGUGAUUCAGGUUCUGGCAUUAGCAUACUACGCAAUAUCUUACUUUCCCGGUGGCUCUGCUGGCUUGAAAUUUCUGUCGUCUUCUAUGAUUUCUUCAGUGUUGAAAUGCUUUGGCAGGUGAAGGCUUGUAACGCAACUGUGUCAACUUUCUGCAGCUUUAUUGUUCAUUAGUAUACAUUCUGUAGUUGUAGACUUGUAUUGUGAAACUAUGGUGUACAAUUUUGACAAAAUUUAGUUAAGUUUCUCCUUUGAAGCCUCUUGCCGGAUUUGUGCCAGGGUCAGUCACUACUCGAUUUCAAUAGAUUGUAUUUCUAUGACUAACAAUUUAUAUACAAGAUCCUAAAUUGAUUGUUUAUGAAAGCAA